AGGAAACCUCGUUCAAGGAAAAGGCAGGAACAAGUUUGACCACAGGCUUGAACUCAGGAAUAUCUGGCAUGGUGAAGUAUUUCCUAGUGACACCAAUUGAACUCAACUAACAGCAGAAGCAGCACCAAAAUGAGUCUCGUGAAGCCGACCGGACCCGAAGGAUUUGCGACGAUUCGCACCAGGGGACUUGCCCGAAGCACCAGCCGAUCGGAACAGCUGGCCAGUGCGAGGCGAAGUACCGGAUCAUCGGGGCCGCUAUACGAGAACGCCGGUUCCGCAACCAAUGGCAGUGGCCUCGGCUACAACAAGAGUUCCUCCGCUUCGCUGAUUUGUGUUCCGCCGCCGGUUCCACCGAGAACCAGCUCUGAGCUGUCGAAAGUAAUGCCCGUCCCCCCGAAGCGAAGUUCCCUCGAGGACAAAAACGAAGACGACCUGUACGCAACGGCAACGCUCACUUACGAAACGUUCAAGCCGCUCAAAAGUACUCUUCUCAAGGACAUCGAUGAUCUCGAUUACGUCAACUUGACGCAAUCCAGCAUGGAAAAUCUAUCGUACGACUUUGAAAUGCCGUCGCUCAAAAGCCCCCAGUACAUUACCGAGCUCAAAUUUAUUCAAUCGAAAUCGUCCGAGAACGGAAACAGUUUAUUCCCAAGGCCCGAGAGUCCCCCGUAUGGCAAACUAAGGAACAGCUAUCGUUCGUCAACGCCCGAAAGUGUUGACAAUUGUUCCUCGGGAUCGUCAACUUAUUCGAACCCUCUGCCAGGGAGUGGUAAGGCAAGCAGCCUUAGUGGAUUCCUAGUUCCCAUGGAAGACACGGUAUCCUUCAAACCCUCGAUCCCACCGAAACAAUCCAACUCGAUCCAGUAUCGAAAGUCCUACUCCAACUCCCGAUCGGAGAUCAUCUACGAAGAGCCAAAGAGAUUCCUUCCCCUCAACAAUGGCAGUCAAUCGAGCGAUACCGAUUCCGGCUACGACGGCAGCUACUCCAAAGUACACAAAAGUGCCGAACUGCUCAACGUUCUGCCGCAGGACGAUCCGCAACAAACAUCCGGCGGCAGACGGUCCCGUGGUUAUUCCACGUUGGGACAUCCGCGGAUGGAUGUCCGCAAUGGUGGAAUCGGCGGCAGCGAAAGCAAAUCCACCACAUCCCUGAACGAUGCUCACCUUCUGCGGAGCUCCUCCGGAACCACGACGGAACAGCAGCUGCUCGAACAGCAAAAAGUCGGCAGCCAGUCAGCUCUCCGGAAUAAGCCCAUUAUUCCCUGGUACGAGCUGGCCAUCCGGAAGGACAACCGCCAGAGCUGUCCACCAUUGCAGACACAUAUGGUAGCGGCCUUUGAACAAAGUUUAGCCAGCAUGUCGCAGAAGCUUGAAAAAUUAACACUAUCGAAGGAUAAUAAGGACACGGAAAUACAAGAAAUGCGUCAAACGAUCGAACUUCUCCGCCAACAAUCGGCAGGAAUCGCUGCAACGCAACUUCUGGCCCUCAGCUCAACCCAAGGAGCGACGUCAGGUGGAAAUACCACUAAGAACGUUCCUCCACCCCCGUCCAACACCAGCGGGCCAGCGCACGAAGAAAUGCGCCGUCAUCACAGUUCGGAUUCGAUGCACUCGAUCACCGUCAUGGGCCAUGAGCCACUUUCGGGCCAUGGACAAAGUCAGGGAGGAGGAGGCCAAUACCACAGUCAGAAAAAGAAGGGUGGCCUGCGCCAUUCGCUUCAGCGGGCCUUCUCCAGGAAUAACAAAAAUUCCGGAGGCCAUAAAAACGCGCCUCGCCCCAUCAGCCAAAGUUCCAAUCCGGAUUUCGCCGAGCGCGAAAUGAUGUUACUAAUCGGAGGCAGUGGCGGCCAAUAUUCAAACGGAACCAGCAGGGAAAACGUGUCCGUCAGUCCAUCAGCGUACGCGGGACCCCCCUCACUGUCGCCGACCAGCAAAUGCAGUUCCACCAGCUCCAGCAGCCCGGACCAAAACGGAGACCAACACAUCACGUACGAUCGGGACGGCAACCCUGUGGUGGAGCAUCUGGUCAAACAGCUACGCGAAAAGGAUCUGGUGCUGACCGACAUCCGCCUGGAAGCUCUGACUACGGCCUCGCAGGUGGAAUCCCUCAAGGAUACGGUGAUGCGGAUGCGCCAGGAAAUGAUCUCCCUGAAGCAGAACAAUGAUCGGCUCCAGCAGAUGGUGGUGCGUCGAUCAAUGACCGGAAGCGAUGUCUCGCUGGGUGGUUCCUGCAGUAGUCCCACGGAAAGUGAACCUCGUCGAUACAGUGCAACGGCCGAAUAUCUCAGCAAUAGACCACCGAUGGAGCUGCCUUUGAAUCUGGACGAAGGAGAUGAAGAUUGUGAGCCACCUCCACCGGCUCCGGAACCGCUGAGUCCAGCAUUCAUUGCCGACAUGUCACCGGGCCUCGAACGAUCGCCACCGAUUCUGGACGAGAUCAUGGCACUUUCAGCCGAUACGGCACUAGAAUCGAACAUCGAGGGCAAGAAAAUUGCCAUUGCUGUCUACUUGGGGCAGAUGGAACUGUUUGGCCGUUAUCUGGAGGAGAUGAACGAAUCGGGAAAAGGCCGGGAAAAACCAGGUCGAAUUAAACAGAACGAGUUUACGAUUGCUUUCACCUUUGUUUGUAGCAAAACGAGCUGGCCAAGUCUGGAUUACAUCGUGAGGAGAAGCUUCAACGACUUUCUUGAACGUGUCGAUCCUGCCGGCAAUUUGGGACUGACCACGGAGUCUAUCUCCAGCUAUCACUUGGGCGAGGCAACCCGUGCUCCUGAGGUCCAUCUGCCGGAGCUGCUACCCUGUGGCUACACCGUCGGAAACGUGGACACCCUGUACAUUUGCCUGCGGGGAGUCAGCAAUGUGGCCAUCGACAAUUUGAUCAUCAAAAAUAUGGUGCUCCGAUACAAAUCGUCCGCCGUCGUCGAUCCGAGACGUAAUCGAACUUCACAAGGCUCUGCUGACAACAACUGAGGCGUGCCGUUGCGAAUUGCAGGCAGUUCGUGAAACCAAUGCAAACUAAAAUGUUCUCCUAUUAGCUGGAGCUUUCAAUAGUGCUUAGAAUUAAACGAUAGUUACGUCCGAGUAGUAAAUUAUUCCUUGUUUGUUUCACUCUCCUUUUCUACUUAAAUAGCCAGAUCAGUCAACGAAAUAGGUGAUAUUAUUUUGCGAUGUAUAACACUUUCGAGACAUUGUAUUUUUCCGGGAAAAAAAAUCAAAAAUAAAAAG